AUGCUUCCCGUGCACGACCAUUCACGCCGUACGUCCUCUCCUCGGCGGAAAUCACCGGUUUCCUGCUUCUCUUUGCGACCACGGAGAGUUUUCACCUUCUUGAAAUUUGCGCUUCCUCUAGUUUUCAUCAUAUUAUACACGAUAUACUACCUCUAUGACCCGCGCGGCCACAUCGACCUCGUGUUAUAUGAACGAGAAUGGAUACAGCGCGAAAUACUCCCGCUGUCCCCACUUGGAGGAUGCUUUGAGCCCGAGCGUGUCAGCCCGUUGUACAAUGUCAGUGAGGCUGUGUAUGGCAAGAAACGCUUUGAGGUUCAGGCAGGGGUAACCAUGCGGAUGGGUAUGGACUGCUACGAGUUUGCAGGAACGGUAAGGUUUGCAGAAGGGGAGUGGAAGGAGGAGGAACGUCGUAUCCCACCAGAGGAGCGAGCACAGUUCCACACAUAUUGGCGCUUCGAUCUCGCGCCCCUCGAUGAGAGACAAGAGUACAUGCUGAAGUCAUUCUUCGCCACGCAAGACCUUCCUCGCUCUCGUCUAAUACUCUGGUCAAACGGCGACUUAUCGGCCCUUCCGAUCGUGCAAAAGUACCUCGAGCUGUUUCCUGACUCAUUCACACUUCAGGUUGUGGAUCUACACGAGUUAGCGAAGGGCACACCUAUGGAGAAUCACCGCUUCCUCAAUCUUGAGGACAAGAAGGCAUGGGUAGACGGCGACCUCGUCCGGCUACUUGUCAUCUGGACAUACGGUGGUGCUUGGAUAGACAUGGACAUGCUCCUAACCCGAGACCUCUCCCCGUUGCUUGAGCACGAAUUCGUGACUCAAUGGGACUGCUACGACAAAAUUUACCAAGCGUUUAAUGGUGCUCUCAUGCACUUCCGCAAGCACUCGCCUUACCUGUGCGAAGCCUUCCAUCUCAUGGCACACAGUACUCCUCCACGUUCACCAAGCACUGAUUGGGGCGCAAUUUUAUAUCUUCGACUCUGGCGGCGCCUCCUUAGUGAAUCCAUACCCCCUUUCAAAAUUCUACCGUUCUGCCUUUCCGAUCCUCUGGCGUGUCGUCUCGACAACAGCGUGCCAGACCCAUUUGACCCUGAUCGUCGGGACGGGAAGUGGACGGGCAGACCUGGGGAGGGGCUUGAGGAGGGUGGAGCGCUGGAUAAGGCACUAGGGAAGAUAUUUGCUGUGCAUUUGCAUAAUCGUUGGGAUAGGGCGUUUCCCAAGAGCGGUUGGGUGGAUCGUCUGUUGUUGAGGAGGUACGAGGAGGAUAUAGAGAGGAAAAUGAGAAUAGAUGGCGAGCUAUGA